UCAAAAUAUUCAAUUACACAAAAGCCUGCAUCAAGUAUGAUCGAACAUAGAACUGAAGCAAACACAUCAAUCAUGGAAUGGAAAUCAGACCAGAGAUACCUAACAGCUUUAUUUUGUUGGACAAUAGGACUCGUCAGUAUUUUCCCAGUGCCGAGAUUAUUUUUGAGAGGCAACCUCCUGGAUACACUCAUAUCUUACAUGAUCAUAAUGAUAAUAAUAGGAAUUCCUCUAGUACUUCUAGAAUUAUCAAUAAGUCAAUAUUCGAGGAAGUCUAUAUCAGGAUCAUGGGACCUCUGCCCGUUUUUCAGAGGCAUCGGAUACACCAAAGUUGUUACUCUCUUUAUUUUUCAAAUUUACUCGAACGUUCUGAACAGUUAUUCGUUAUUUUACUGUUUUACUUCGAUUCCGAAACUCGAAGGUGGUGAUGUAUCCAGAGAUUAUAUUAACCAAUCAAAUGAAGAGACAUUUUGGCAAAAUGAAGUACUGGGAAUGGAUCGAAUUUUGGACAAUAAAAUAGGUGAACCAAACUGGAAACUUGUUGGCUGUCUUUGUGCAAAUAUGAUGCUUGUAUUCCUAGCGAACCAUAGAGCAACAGCGACUGUGCAAAAUUUCUUGCCGAUUGCCUUCGCAAUAUACUGUACAGAAACAGCUUUGUUACUGAUCUUCAUACUAGUAACGCCUGGCAGCUUGAAUGGACUUUAUGAUUUCAUAUCUGCUGAAGUCAAUUUUGAUAUGUUCGUGGUAUGGAAGAAAGAUGCAAAAAUACUUGAUGUCUUCCAAAGUGUUUUGUUUUCGCUGGGAAUCGGGUUAGGUGGACUAUCAAGCAUUGGUGCUCAAACCAAUUUCAGAUACCCAGUGCAUGCCUCGACUCUAUGGGUGUGCCUGAUCAAUCUUGGAGCUGCUAUUCUAUAUGCCCUCAUGAUGGCUUGUUUUUAUGGUAUCAUAAGCGAAAACACUAUUAGUGAUAUUAAGGAGAUUCAGGAAGAGGUUUUACAUGCAAAACCAGAUAUAUCUCAUCUUUUCACCAUAGUGCCAAGGGCACUGGAAUUUCUUCCAGGAUUUCAAAAUUUAUGGAAGUUUAUUUUCUAUUCAAGUAUGUUUCUCAAAGGUAUAACAUCCUCAGUGGUGAUGGCAUCCACAAUCCUUCAUGAAAUAUAUGAACUCAAACCACAAUUAACAAGAAGGACUAUUCUAUGUUCCAUCAUCUUCAAUCUGUUCACCUGUCUAUCAGGGUGGAUUUUUCUAACAAAUGCUGGAGCUACACUAGAAAAUUUCUUCAACAAAAUCACUUAUAUGGUACUGAUUCCUCUGAUUAAUUGUUUUCAGAUAACAUCCAUAAUUAUUUUCUAUGGCCUAUUCCAUUUUCGGGAUGACUUCAAUUUUAUGCUUGGUUUUCCUCUUCCUAGUUAUUAUCAAAUAACAUUGGUAUCCAGUUCACUUCUGUUGCCAGUUUUCACAAUAACAAGCAUGGUUAGGUAUUUUCAAGAACCAUUAGGUUCUCAGGCUAAUUUAAUAAUAACACUGCAAAAAUCUUAUCUUACAAUUGUACUUGUAUGGAUUCCUUUCAUGGCUUUGGUGAGAAUCAUACGAAAGAGAGACAUAAGGAAGAUAUUUCUACCAUCUAGAAGUUGGGGUCCUUCAGAAGAUUUGAAAAAGAGCAGAGAACUAUUUGAUGACCAAUACUCAGUUCCUGAAUUCAUUUAUGAGAAAUACCUCCUGACAAAUAAACUUGAAAAAUAUGACUGAAAUGUUGUUUUCUUCUUUACUAACCUUGACCAUGAUUGGGACAUCUCCCAAAUCCUUCUGGAAGGACUGCUGUUGCUCACCAUCUAUAAACCAAUUGACAGUGACCAUAAGUUUUCCCUUGUAAGUGGCGGAUCGCUGCCUACAUUCUGUGGGGAAAAUGGCAUUGUUUCUUACUCCAAUGGUACCGAACGGUACCGCAGGCUUGGCAAAGGAAUAGUCCCCAAUCAUCAGCUUAAUUUUUCUGUCAUUCAAUGUGAACUCAAUUGGAGUCAUGUCAUUUAUUGCUUUAGAAAGUCCUUUAUCCAACAUAUAGUUGAAACUUUUGAUGUGUGGAUCGCCAAGUCUUUGUAAGAUCU